AUGUAUAGCCCGAAGAUGGUCAGUAGGGCGGCCACGCUCGACGGAAAUAGCGCGCUGGCAUUUCUCAUCGUAGCAGAUGAGGGCCUUAUGGCGAGAAUCAUAAAACAGGUUCAGAGCUUUAAGUACACUCUCGGCCUCCAUUGCUUUUGUUCUAGCGAUGUAAUCAAGGCUGGCGUGAUUGCUAGCCUCGACGUAUAUUGA